UCGCCCGCCCUCCUGCUCUCACUCGCACAUAGACACCCGCCACGCCACACACGGACACGUCCUCUCUCUCUCCCUCUCCUCACUGUCCUGUACACACAGACACACUUACACGCACACGUCACCACACACACUCUCACAUCAAAACGCUCUCUCAACCGCCCAAGUGAGCGCCUCACACCAAUAACACUCCAUCUCUCGGCCUUGAAUCCCUGUCCUUCCCUCUCCGCCUCCUGACGGAGCUCCUUCCCCGAAAGACUGCAUCUCCUCUGUCUCUCCUGUAGAUCUCCGACCAUGUCCAUCGUCAACGGCCACACAGGCGCUCAGGCCGCCCCUGCUAGCAAGGACUGCCCGGCGGCCGCCCACGGAAAGGGCCGCGGCGAGGAGAAACAGAACAGCAUCGAGGAGAUCAAGGGACAGUUCAAGAACAUGAUGAUCGACAGGAGAAGGUCCUCGUCGUCUCUGGGCCACGAGAAGUGCACGUUCCACUUCGACAUGGAGCUGGACCACAAGCCCCCGACGCGCGAAGACAUGAUCCCCGAGCUGGCCGCCAGCUACCGCUCCCUCCUGAAGGACCUCGGCGAGGACCCGACUCGCGAAGGACUCCUCAAGACGCCCGAGAGGGCAGCCAAAGCCAUGCUCUUCUUCACCAAAGGAUACGACCAGACCAUCGAAGACGUGAUGAACGGCGCCGUGUUCGACGAGGACCACGACGACCUCGUCAUCGUGAAGGACAUCGAGAUGUUCUCCGUCUGCGAGCACCACCUUUCCCUUCUGGCAAGGUGUCGGCCGGUUAACCUGCCCAACAAGAAGGGCCUCGGCUUGUCCAAGGUCGCUAGAAUUGUGGAAAUCUUUAGCCGACGUCUUCAAGUGCAAGAGAGGCUGACGAAGCAGAUCGCGCUGGCGGUCGUCGAGGCCAUUCAGCCCACUGGCGUUGGUGUGGUGGUGGAGGGAACCCACAUGUGUAUGGUGAUGAGAGGCGUCCAGAAAAUCAACUCGAAGACGACCACCUCCACCAUGCUCGGGGUCUUCAGGGACGACCCCAAGACCCGCGAAGAGUUCCUCACCCUCGUCAAGUAGGUUCCUGGAAUAGCCUGGCAUAGGCCGAUCGACGCGGCCGACAGUAGGCGCGUCAGGAUCGGAGGCGAAUAUCAAGAGGAAGAAGAGGAGUAAUUUUUUUAUAUUAUUAUUUUUUUUUUGUUUAGGAAUUGGAACAACGGAGUUUGUGGAUUACGAAGAAGAGACAGAGAGAAAUGACUAGGAUUUGGGAGUAAAAUGAUAUGGGUGACAGGCGUCCAGGCUAGGGGAGGGGAUUCAUCCAACUGUAAAAUUAAUAUUGUAACUUCAUUUACACUUUUUCAUAUUUAAGAAUAGUAUUUGGAAACUUGAAUUUAAAAAAAAAUAAACAUUGCGAAGUAAAUUACUGAGCGCAUAAGAGCGUUCGGGCUUUGGAGAAAUUGAGAUAUACUUUUAAGUACAUGGUUUUCAUUAUUAUUAUUAGUCUUCUAUUUCGUACUUUAACAAGAUCGCUAAUUACAAAAAAAAUUACUUCCUUUUAGGAAAUUUUGUGGCAAUUGUUGGUAAAAUCUUAUUAUCGAACGCGUGUCACAAGUUGGGAAUUUAACUCCCUCGGAAAUUAUAUUUUUACGCUAGGUCAUAUAUUGAUCUAAGAUUGCUUUUAUACUGAAGAUUCUAGUUUUGUAUUUAGUUCAAAGUUCUUGUUCAUGAGAAAUGCCAACUAUUUUGUUAUAGCCUAUCUUUCAACCAAGUUUAGCCUAUACUAAGUCGGAAAGGCGCUCCUUCAUCAUUAUCUCAACCCUGAGAAAAAUAGGAGCUUUUACAUUCAAUGUGAACGUUAAAAGUUCCAGAUUAGUCUUUUUCUGUGUACUCCUCUGAAGUUAAAUUGUGUUUUUCAUGAAGUGCGUUUUCUUUUUUUUCCGUCAAAAGUCUGUCAUUUAUUGGUAAGAAGUGGGAGGAUGCAACAUGAGAGGUUCCCCACAAGUGCUUCCCUAGAACCUCUCAUAAUGCCUCUGCGCCCUUCUGAACCUUUCAUAUGUCUAGACUUUCCUUGCGAUUCUAUGAUGAUCACUGUUUGCCUGCAUCAUUUUUUAUUAAAUGAUUUUUCGUUUGCUAUUACGGAGCAACUUUGUUUCUAGUGUCCUCCAUAUUGACUGUUACGAGACACUCCUUAAUCAUACCUUUAUGCAUUGAGGAUGAAAGGUAAUAUUCACCUAUUGCGAGGAUCAUCUCGAAUAAUUGAAUUACCUUCCUGUGACUGAUACUUCGAGAAAAAAAAAGAAAACUCUACCAAAAGAAAAAGAAGUGUCAGUCGCCUAAAUCGAAACACUGAAAGAAGUACAACAGAAUAUGCUUCUCAUGUUACAUACAAAUUUCUAAAUAGUCUUUCUGCCUUGUGACGAGGAGGGGGGGCCUCCUAUUCACUACGAAAGGGAGACUCACUUUCCCUUGAAAGGAAAAUCACAAGGGUGUCCGAGGUGCCUAUGCUACACGCAACUUACUUGUGCCAAACCAAGAGAAUGUGGCAAAUGUUACAUGUGUUUGGAUAUGUAGAUAUAUUUUGAUUGUUUACAUGUUCUAUUAAAUGUAAGACUUUUAUUGUAUGUGUUCAGACCUGGGAAAAUAAUGAUCUAUCAGACUUGAUUAUUGAAAUAAAUGUUUAUAUCUGUAUUUUA